AUGGUGCGCACACAUUCUUCGCACACGGCAAGCCCCACGCGCUUCCAGUCGCCGCAGCGCAGCCCGGCGCGUCGUCCGUCGCAAGAUGGGUCGCAAUAUGAGAUGGACCUGGAUGCCCUAGGUCUCAAUUCGACAUUCGAAUCCACCGAACUAGACAACAGUCACCGGCCGCCUGUCGACCAUCUGGAAACGAGCGAGAUUGAAGGGCCGGAAGACUUUACCAUGAACAUGACAUACUGGAUGACGGCAGAUCUCCCGCUUGCACAGAUAAAGUCGCGAAAAGAAGCAAACACCAAGCGGCCGGUGAUUAGAAUGGACGUAAUGCAAGAAGGAAGUGAGGGGCAAGGGGCGAGGGAUGCGACCGACAAGCCUACACAGGAACGCAUCGAGCAGCGGAGAGACGAUCGAUCCUGCACCGCUUCUCCUACAAGGCGCGCAAACGGCAAUGCAGGCGAGCGCGCAUAUAGCAAACCGCCGUCUGAACGGUCAAUGGAAAACGAAGAGAAAGUUCGGAGUUUUCUCAGCAAUCUUCCAGAUACGGAGAUGGAUGGUGCCAUCACCGGUACGCCCCUACACGUCCCCAGACACAGCUUUCUACAAGUCCCCAGGUCUUCACCACCGAAAGCACGCUCGCUACAGCCAACCGUUGAGGAUUAUGAUACCCCGCGGAAACCGACUGCCGAGACGGUCAUACGCCACACUUCGGCUGUUAUUGACACGAGCGAGCAGGACGCCGCGCGGAACAAGAUCAUGGAGUUACAAUCUCAGUUGGAGCAGCAGGAGUCAAGAUCAAGAUCGCGCAUUACAGAACUUGAAACGCUGCUCUCUUACACUCGCUCGGAUCUCGAAAGCGCACGAACAGACAAUUACAGACAGAAGGAGAGGGUAGCGAGUCUGGAGAAAAGCAUGGCACAGCAAACUGCAGAUCACGAAGCAUCUCGCGCAACGACAGACACUGAAUCGAAGGCACGCGAAAGCGCACUGGAGACCAAGAUGCAUGAGUUUGGUGAGAAGAUGCGUCUUGAGAACCUGGCAAAGCUGGAGACAAUGGUUGAAGAGUUCGAGCGACAACGAAAAGCCCUCGAAGAAUCAAAGCGACAAUUGACUGAAGAGGUCAAGUCGAAGGCUCAGAGUUUGGAAGAGGCGCAAACAGAGUUGGCCCUCAUGCGACGGGAGAACAAGACGCAAUUGCAGCAACCCGAGAACAAGAACGAUGCUGACAAGGAGCGCCUGUCGCUCGCCGAGCAACUUUCUUCAGUCCAAGCACGAGCGGAAGCCCUGCAGUCGAGCCUUGAAUCAGCCACUUCUGAAGCUCGAGCAGCGCGCGAGGACGCACAGAACAAUGACGCGAUGCGCUCUGCAGCCGAAACCAAGGCGCGAAGUCAUGCGAAGCGCAUCACUGAGCUUGAGGCUCACCUUUCGACUGCGCGGUUCGAAGUGCAAUGCGCCGAAGCUGAUAUGGCGGCCAAGAAGCAGCUGUUCCAGACAAAUCUCGAUCUCAGCUCUCGACUUCGUGUACUACAAUUGGAGUUGGAGACUGCGCAGAAAGGGUCCGUUGUGCAAGGACAGGAGGGUCUCCGUACCACUGAGCUUGAAGCACGUAUCAAAGAGCUUGAAUCCGAGAUAAGUUCUCUCCGGUCGCAACUCGAACCUACGAGUACACCUACAUCUGGCAACGACCAAAGCCUCCAUAUAGCCGAUCUCGAAAGACAUAUACGAUCACUACAGUCGCAACUACAAUCGGCGCAAGACGAACUGGCCGCCAAAGACAAUCAAAUCCCGCAAUACAUGGAAACUCAAGAACACACUGAACAACGCCUAAACACAUCUCUAGGCCGAAUCCAAAGCCUCGAAGCCGGCAUGACCAGUCUCCGCCAACAGCUCGCUGAGGCCCACCGCGACGUAGCCAAAGCGCGUGCCGACGCCGAACGCUUCGAACAAGAUCUCGAAGAUGCCAACGACCGUCUCCAAGACGAGCGCGCGGAAGCCGGUCGCCGCGUAACCGACCUAGACAGAAAACUCGCCAAAAUGAAGGAGCUAAAAGUCGACGCCGAGUCCAAAUUCAAAGAGCUGCGCGCCCAACACGACGACCUAAAAGAAGGCCACGAAGCCAUGACGCAAGAUAUCCGCGACAAAGCCGAAGACGCCAUCUGCAAAGCAGCCAGUCUCCUCGACCAAGAGCGCAGCGAGAAAAAGCGUCUACAAAAGGAACUUAAAAAGAUCCGACAAGACCUCGACAACCUACGUGCUCGUGGUGGCAUAUCCUCUUCCUCCGACGAUGAAAGCUCCACCAUCGCCGCACAGGAAGAGUCUAAAUCCUCCGCAGACUUAUCCUCGCUUCGUACUGCUCUCGCGGCUCAAACCGCGCAAACUGCUUCUCUGAAAUCCAGUCUUUCGGUCCUUCGCCAGGAACUACGUUCUUUCCAUAAUCAACAAUCGCCUCAACAAUCUCAGCUUCAAUCACAGGUCGCUCAACUCCAGAAACAAAACGCAGAUCUCCAGGCCCAAUUACAGCACCAGAAGGCUGAACAUGACGCCAUCGACGCGGCUAUGGAUGAGAAACUAGCGGGCCUGUUGAGUGGGUUGGUAAAAGAAAAGGCGAGGAAUGUGGUUGGUGUUAGAGAUGGGCAGUGGGAGGAGAAGGUUAAGGGGUUGGUGGGGGAGAGGGAGUUGUUGGGUAGGGUUGUGAUGAGGCAGUGGGGGAGAGAGGAGAUGGGUGCGAGUGAGGAUGGUGAGGGUGCGGCGCGAGGGAAGCAGAGGUAUGGGUAUAAGUUUGUUAAGAGGGAGAAGUGA